AUGAAUGCAAGUGAGUUCCGCAAAAGAGGCAAAGAGAUGGUGGACUAUGUGGCCGACUACAUAGAAGGCAUCGAGAAACGCCAGGUCUACCCGGAUGUGGAGCCCGGCUACCUGCGCCCCCUGCUCCCCGCCACUGCCCCCCAGGAGCCAGAAAGCUUUCAGGACAUCAUGACUGAUGUUGAGAAGAUCAUCAUGCCAGGGGUGACCCACUGGCACAGCCCUCAUUUCUUCGCCUACUUCCCCACGGCCAGCUCGUACCCGGCCAUGCUCGCGGACAUGCUGUGCGGGGCCAUCGGCUGCAUCGGCUUUUCCUGGGCUGCAAGCCCAGCAUGCACAGAGCUGGAGACCGUGAUGAUGGACUGGCUUGGAAAGAUGCUGGAGCUGCCAGAGACUUUCUUAGCUGGCAGCAACGGGGAAGGGGGUGGCGUGAUCCAGGGAAGUGCCAGUGAAGCCACCCUGGUGGCCCUCCUGGCUGCUCGGACCAAAGUGAUGCGACAUCUACAGGCAGCAUCCCCAGAGCUGACCCAAGCCGCCAUUAUGGAAAAGCUGGUGGCCUACUCAUCUGAUCAGGCACACUCCUCAGUGGAAAGAGCAGGACUGAUCGGUGGAGUGAAGUUAAAAGCGAUCCCUUCUGACGACAAGUUCGCCAUGCGGGCUUCUGCCCUACAGGAGGCCUUGGAGAGAGACAAGGCUGCUGGCCUGAUUCCCUUCUUUGUGGUUGCUACACUGGGGACCACAUCUUGCUGCUCAUUUGAUAAUCUAUUAGAAGUGGGUCCUAUCUGUAACCGGGAAAACAUGUGGUUGCACAUUGAUGCUGCCUAUGCAGGCAGUGCUUUCAUCUGCCCUGAAUUCCGGCACCUUCUGAAUGGCGUAGAGUUUGCAGAUUCAUUUAACUUUAAUCCCCACAAAUGGCUGUUGGUGAAUUUUGAUUGUUCUGCCAUGUGGUAA